CAGCCCCGGGAUUGGCGGGCGCCGCACUCGGAGCGUUACGGCGCCGCCGUGCCCGCAGCGCGGAGCUGUCCGCGGUGCUGACCGCCGCCGGCCAUGGGCUCGCCGCCGCCAGCCCUGCUCCUGCCUCUUCUCGCUGCACUGCUCCGCGCACCCGCACACGGCUUCAAUGGGCUGUCAAGGAAAGCUGGGGAGAGCGCAGAGGCUGAGGCGGAGCCGACAGUGCUGCCCACACCGGAGGAGCGGGAGGCAGAGGCUCGCUUUGUGAGCACAGCACCUACACUGAAGCUUCUCAACCACCACCCGCUGCUGGAGGACCUGCUGCAUGAAGCUUUCCUGAAGAAGGACUACUUGGGCCAGGCACCAUUCCUGCCUGGUGGCCCUGGCGCCCUUCUGCCAGCUGGUGCCCUCCAGCCAGACCCUGGACCCCCAGCCCCUGAGCCUCCACCACGUACUCCUGCCCUGCCCAGGGCUGCCUUCCCCACUGACCCACUGACCACACCAGCUGGGCGCCCAGGGCCAUGGGGGGAGGCAUGGGGGACCGUGCCAGGUGCUGACCCCUCAUGGUCUCCCACCAGCAUGCCAGAGUUGAGUCCCACAUCCCCCAGCCAGGCACCUGCCACCCCCAGCACAUCUCUAGGACCCCACAGUGAAGCUGCUAUGGUACCUGGGGAUGAGGAGGGAACCACCACCACCUCCACCAUCACCACCACCACUGUCACCACACUGCAGGGACCAGCUCUCUGUAACCGGACGUUGGCGGGCCCUGAGGGUUGGCUGGUGUCCCCGGAGCCAGCUGGUGUUCCCUACGAUGGCAGCCUGGACUGCACCUACACCAUCUCUGUUUACCCAGGCUAUGGUGUGGAGCUUAAGGUGCAUAACAUCAGCCUAGCAGAGGGGGAAGCGCUGACGGUGGAGAGCACAGGGGGCCUGGAGCCCACCCUCCUGGCCAACGAGUCCUUCUUGAUGCGGGGUCAGGUCAUUCGCAGCCCUGCCAACCUCCUUACCCUCCACUUCCAGAGCCCCCAGCCCACCAGCCCCGGCUCCUAUCGCUUCCACUACCAAGCCUACCUGCUGAGCUGCCCCUUCCCGGCGCGGCCGGCUUUCGGGGAGGUCUCAGUCAGCAGCCUGCACCCUGGCGGGGAUGCCCGCUUCCGCUGUUCCCCCGGCUACCAGCUACAAGGUGUUCACCGGCUCGCCUGCCGCAAUGCCACCCGUCCUUUCUGGAGCGCCCGUGAGCCCCUCUGCCUCGCGGCCUGUGGUGGGGUGAUCCGGAAUGUCACCGUGGGACGCAUCAUCUCACCCGGCUUCCCCGGGAACUACAGCAACAACCUGACGUGCCACUGGCUGCUGGAGGCACCCGCUGGCCACCGCCUGCACCUCCACUUUGAGAAGGUUUCUCUGGCAGAGGAUGACGACAGGCUCAUCAUCCGUAAUGGCAACAAUGUGGAGGCACCACCGGUGUAUGACUCCUACGAGGUGGAGUACCUGCCCAUCGAAGGGCUGCUCAGCACUGGGCGCCACUUCUUCGUGGAGCUCACCACCGACAGCAGCGGGGCGGCUGCCGGCAUGGCACUGCGCUAUGAGGCCUUCGAGCAGGGGCAUUGCUAUGAGCCCUUCGUCAAGUAUGGGAACUUCACCACCAGUGACCCCCAGUACCCUGUGGGCACCACGGUGGAGUUCAGCUGUGACCCUGGCUACACGCUGGAACAGGGCUCCACCAUCAUCGAGUGCGUCGACCCCAGUGACCCGCAGUGGAACGAGACGGAACCAGCAUGCCGCGCGGUGUGCAGUGGGGAGCUGACAGACACAGCUGGAGUGGUGCUGUCACCCAACUGGCCAGAGGCUUAUGGCAAGGGCCAGGACUGCAUCUGGGGACUGCACGUGGAGGAGGACAAGCGCGUCAUGCUGGAUGUCCGUGUGCUGCGGCUGGGCACAGGGGACGUGCUGACCUUCUAUGAUGGGGAUGACCUGACGGCACGCAUCCUGGGCCAGUACACUGGUGCGCGUGGCCGCUUCAAGCUCUACGCCUCCACUGCUGAUGUCACUGUCCAGUUCCAGUCUGACCCUGGUGCUGGUCCCUUUGCCUAUCGGCAGGGCUUUGUCAUCCACUUCUCUGAGGUCCCCCGUAAUGACACCUGCCCUGAGCUGCCAGACAUCGCCAAUGGCUGGAAGACAUCCUCUCAGCCAGAGCUACUCCAUGGCACCGUGGUCACCUUCCAUUGCUACCCUGGCUUCCAGCUGACUGGCACUGACCUCCUGAUGUGCCACUGGGACCUGACGUGGAGUGGUGACCUGCCUUCCUGUGAGCGGGUGACCUCCUGCCGGGACCCUGGGGAUGCCGAGCACAGCCGCAGAGUGGUCUCCAGCCCAAAAUUCCCAGUGGGAGCCACCGUGCAGUAUGUCUGCGACAAGGGCUACGUCCUGGCAGGUGCUGGAACCCUCACCUGCCAUGACCGUGCUGCAGGGGGACCCAAGUGGAGCGACCGUCUCCCCAAGUGCAUCCAGACAUACGAGCCUUGCCACAACCCUGGUGUGCCAGCGGGUGGGCGGCAGAGCCCCGAGCGGAGGCUGUACCCUGCAGGAACCACCUUACGCUUCUCCUGCACCGCUGGCCGGGUGCUGCUGGGUGAGGGCAACCUGCGCUGCCUGCCUGGGCACCCCUCACGCUGGAGUGGCUCACCUCCCAUCUGCAAGGCGGCCUCCUAUGAUGAGUUUUACAGCAACCGCAAUCUGGACGCUGUGGCCAAGGCUGUGCCCUCAGGAACAGCACUGGAGGGAACCAACGUUGCCAUCGCUGUCUUCCUGCCUGUGCUGGUGGUGGCCCUGCUCAUAGGGGGCAUUUACCUCUACUUCUCCAAGUUCCAGGGGAAGCCAUCUCUGCAGCUGCCCCUCACUGGCUCCCACCCCUAUGACCACAUCACCGUGGAGUCAGCUUUUGACAACCCCACCUAUGAGACAGGAUCUGUUUUCUUUGCAGGAGACAAGGGAAUAUGAGGUGUCCAUCUAGGCAUGGGCAGUGUGGAGCUGGGUGCUGCAGCCACCCCUCUGGAGUCCCCCUGUGCCCGCUGCCCCCCAACACGGGCCUAACACACCUCUCCCAAGGAGACUCAAGACGAGCGCUCAGUGGGAGCAACCUGGGCGCCUGCCACCCCACUGCCACCUCCAAACCACCCAGACCCCCAUGGGGUCUACCCAAGCCCCACUGUCACCUGACCCCCCACCCUGGGCUCAGGGGGUGCU